ACUCAUACAGAGGCACAAAAAUUCAUUAAUCCUUCCUCCGCCAUGGAAAUUUCCUACCUCCUCUAUUUCCUCCUCUUCCUCCUCUCCUUCCCGCUGGCCAAACACUUCAUCUUCAAACCCAGGACACUCCCGCUUCCACCGUCCCCCGCCUUCCCACUGCCAAUCCUCGGCCACCUCCACCUCCUCCGCAAACCUCUCCACAGAACCCUCGCCACCCUCUCCGCCAAACACGGCGGCGGCGCCGCCCUCCUCCGCUUCGGCUCCCGCCGCGUGCUCCACGUGUCCUCCCCUUCCCUCGCCGAGGAAUGCUUCACCAAAAACGACGUCGCAUUCGCAAACCGCCCCGGUCUGCUCGCCGGGAAGCACCUCGGCUACAACUUCACCACCCUCGUGUGGGCCCCUUACGGCCACCACUGGCGCAACCUCAGGCGCGUGGCCACAAUCGAGAUCCUCUCCUCCACCCGCAUCCACAUGCUCCAACAAAUCCGCGUCGACGAGACGCGCGCCACGCUCCGGAGGCUCUUCGAGAAAUCCAUCUCCGGCGCCGCCGUCGUGGACAUGAAGUCGAUGUUCUUCGAGUUGACCAUGAAUGUGAUGAUGAGGAUGAUCGCCGGGAAGAGGUAUUAUACUGGGGCCGCCGGCGGCGAGGAGGAACUGGAGGAGGCGAAGAUGUUUAAGGAGAUUGUGGAGGAGACGAUGGAGCUGAGCGGCGCUACCAACGUCGGGGAUUUUGUGCCGUUUUUGAGGUGGGUUGGUUUGAAUAAGGGGGAGAAGAGAUUGGCGGCGCUGCAAGGGAAGAGGGAUGGGUUCAUGCAGAAGUUGAUUGAAGAGCGGAGGAGGAGCGUGACGGCGGCGCGUGGGGUUUACGGUGAGGGUGGGCAUAAGACGAUGACGGAUGUGCUGCUGGGAUUGCAGGAGACGGAGCCUAAGUACUACACUGACUAUAUAAUUCGAGGCUUGAUGCUAGUGAUGUUAUCUGCAGGGACAGACACUUCAGCCGCGACAAUGGAAUGGGCACUUUCGCUCCUCCUCAACAAUCCACAGACAAUUGUAAAUGCCAAGUUAGAAAUCGACACCAUCAUUGACCAUACCAAGUUCCUCGAAGAAUCCGACCUUCCAAAACUGCCUUAUCUCUCCGGGAUUGUAAAAGAGACCCUAAGGAUGUGCCCUGUAGCUCCCCUUUUGGUACCACACGAGUCCUCGGAGGAGUGCGCCGUUGGUGGGUUUCGAGUGCCACGUGGGACGAUGUUGUUGGUCAAUGCAUGGGCCAUGCAUAACGACGCCACGUUAUGGGAAGAUCCCGAGAAGUUCAAGCCGGAGAGAUUCUUGAGGGAUGAAGAUGGAAGACAAUUUUCAUGGAUGCCAUUUGGAGCCGGGAGGAGAAGGUGCCCGGGAGAAAGUUUGGCCAUGAAGGUAGUAGGGUUUGUGCUGGGAUCGUUGAUUCAGUGCUUUGAGUGGGAGAGGGAUGGCGAGGAAAUGGUGGAUAUGUCUGAAGCGAAUGGGCUCACCAUGCCGAAGCUACUUCCUUUGCGGGCUAAAUGUAGGCCCAACCCAGACAUGAUUCAUCUCCUUUCUCAGCUUUAGUGUAUAUGGGUUUCCCCACUGCCAGAAUUCUCUUUAUCUUCUCUAUCUCCAUCACAAAACUAUCAUUUUCGUAACCCUCUAGCGAUCUCAAAGACAUUGAUGAGCAUGUUCGUAGUGAUAUUAAUGCAAGUGAUCAAAGUUAUAAAAUUCCUUAGAUAUU